CGGAGUGACUUUGGUUAGGGUUGCACUGAAAAUGCGCGUCCCACGUUGGAGCCUCGCCUGGCCCGGCCCUGCGCUUCUGGCAGGACGGGCGGCGCUGGCCCUUUAAGGAGGAGGGUGCGUGCCUGCCUGCCCGCCCUCGCCGGGCGGUGGCAGGCUGUUUCCCACUCUCUCGCGGGGCCUGAUCUGCCGCCUGCCGUGGCCCGGAUCGGAGCGGCGGAAGGCGCCUUCCUGGCGGCCAUGCACGGGCUAGGCCAGCCCUGCGCUCUGCACGCGCUUUUCCCCCCGGGGCUGCUCCGGGCUGUAGCCAAGAGCGUCGCCUUAAGGGAAGCGGCCGGCAGGAGCAGCCUGCGGGCUGCCGUGUGGCUCCUCAGCAGCCAGGUGCAGCCUCGGCCGGCAGCGGGAGAGCAGGCUGCGCGCAGCAGGGACCCGCCGCCGGUCGCCUUCUGGCGGGGAGGGCGCACGCCCCCGCUCCCGCUCGGCUUCUGGCCGGGCUGCAAAGGGGCAAAGCAACUGUGCCUCCUGCUCUUUCCUCUCCGGCAGCCACGAGGAGAAGCGGCCGGCCCGCAUCGGCUGCGUACCGACGCCGCCCUGCGAGCAACCGGGAGCGACUUGCCCGCCGGGGGAGGCAGAAGCAGCCUCGGCUCGCAGAAGGAUAUCAGCAGAUCCCCAGAAAACAAGGCACCAGAUCCUAGCAAGGAGAACGGAAAGAAAUCAAACAAAUCCCAGCAGCUGAAGAAAGUUUUUAAGGAAUAUGGAGCAGUAGCAGUGGGUUUCCAUGUUGGAAUUUCCUUGAUGUCCCUGGGAAUGUUCUACUUGGCUGUGUCAAGUGGAGUGGAUAUGACUGCACUGCUUUUCAAGCUGGGAUUUGACGAAGCUCUUGUACAAUCCAAGCUGGCUGCUGGGACAAGCACUUUUGUAUUGGCCUACGCUAUCCACAAACUGUUUGCUCCGGUCCGAAUCAGCAUCACUUUAGUCUCGGUGCCAUUCCUAGUCAGAUAUUUUCGGAAGACGGGCAUCUUCAAACCUCCGGCUCCAAACCCUUGAUUAAAUAUUAGGAGAACA